GUUGCCUCUCAGACCAGAGCAACAGUCCGGUUAAGCGGAGUAGAAAGCGGUGCAGCGGUUCUCAGACGGAUUCCUGUGUGUUUCUCCGUGGAUCUGGGUCCGGAUGGAUCGGUAACCGAGAGAAGAACCUCCGCCGGUCCGCUGUUCUUUUGAUGAGUCGCUAUUUGUCGCCUUAAAGCGGAUAUUUGUCUGUUUUUUUCCGGAUUUGCAGCGAUAACAAGCAGGAUGAAAUACAAAAACCUGAUGGCCAAAGCGUUGUAUGAUAACGUGCCAGAGUCUCCGGAGGAGCUGGCCUUCAGGAAGGGGGACAUCCUAACCGUCAUUGAGCAGAACACAGGCGGCCUGGAAGGAUGGUGGCUCUGCUCUCUGCAUGGCCGCCAAGGCAUCGCCCCCGGGAACCGCCUGAAGCUGCUAAUUGGCCCGAUGUUCGAGGCCCAGCCAUCGGCCGCUGUUGCCGCCCAGUCUCCUGUCCAGAACCUCCAGCAGGUGGUCAGUUCCGGGGCCCAGGGGCUAUACAAGCAGCAGCAGGGAAUCUACCAGGUUCCUGCAGGACAGGAGGUCUACCAGGUCCCACCGAGAAGCAUCCUGGCUGCUGAGAACACACCCAGCAUGGUGGUGACCCCAACCAGAGUGGGCCAGUCCUACUCCUACAGCCCCGGACAACACAACCAGCAGGACCUGUAUGACGUCCCACCCAGCAGAUCACAAGGGGUGUACGAUAUUCCUCCUGGUCAGAUGUUUCCAGCUCAGCAGGGUGGAGCAAGAAAUCAAGGAGUGUACGACGUUCCUCCAGCCCAGAUGGACCUCCGGACACAAGGCGUUUAUGACAUUCCUCCUUCUUCCCAAGGGGUCUACUCAGUGCUGCCCUGCAGGACCAACGCAGACCUUCAGGAGGGAAACUAUGACUUCCCACAGCCUCACAAGCACAAUCAGGAAGGCAUCUACGACGUCCCUCCUCCCGUCCUCACCAAACCUUCUCACGGCCCCCACUCUCAUUACGAUUUCCCCCCCAGCGCCGAGCCCCCUGCCCAUCACCAACACUCAAACACCAACGGCAACGAGGGCAUCUACGACGUUCCUCCUCCCGCCCUUCAUUCUGGAGCGGACUCUCAGCGGGAUGUUUAUGACUUCCCGCGAGGCAUGCAGCCUCUCCAGCUAAAAAGCUCUUCUGCUGACCGGGAUGGAAGCAAAGGUAUCUAUGAUAUUCCCGCUCAGGACGCUCGCACCGUGGCGGAUGUGACGGACGGCGUGAACCGCCUGUCGUUCUCCAGCACCGGCAGCACGCGAAGCAGCAUGUCCACCUCCUCCUCUUCCAUGGGCUCCAGCUCCGAGGGACGCCUCUUUCUGGAUGUGGACGCUGCCGUGCAAAGGUUGUACCGCCUACAGCAAGCAGUGGAACUCUCUGUUGGAGCCUUACAAUCGAUGGCAUCUUCUACCCACUGGAGGACUUUUCCCUUCAUGGAGCGCCACGCCAACGAUGUGCGCACAGUGCUGGACAAAGUCCGAGCUGCUCUGGGGGACUUUACGGCAUUCGGAAAAGGAGCCGCAGCAAACGCCACAUCUCUGUCAGACUCCAGCCUGCACAGUAAGCUCAGACGUCAGCUGGGACGCCUGGAGGACUCGCAGCAGAUCCUUGUGCAGACCUGCCAAGCUCUGGAGAACAGCAGCUGGGCUCUGAACGCCCUGGCUUCAUCCAGACAGCACCACAACAAGAGCGACGACCUGGACCGCUUCGUCAUGGUCUCCAGGACUGUUCCUGACGACACCAAGCAGCUGGCCUCAACGAUAGGCAGCAACGCUGAGCUGCUCUUCAGACGAGCGCACCCCGACGGUACUUUCUCCGUCGGGAGCUCACUGGAGGAAAACCACGUGCAUCCGCUCACUUCUCCGUCCUCAGAUACAGAGAACUACGGUGGCCAGACUAAAGCCUUCCCCGUUCAUCCCAACCAAGACAAGGACAACAUGAACAACAGCGAGAAGUGUGUGAAGAGCUGGAUGGAGGACUACGAUUACGUCCACCUGCAGGGCAAAGAGGACUUUGAACGUCAGCAGAAGGAGUUGCUGGAGAAGGAGAACAUCAUCAAGCAGAGUCAGAUUCAGCUGGGUCAGGAACAGAUCAAUCAGUUUAUGAAGUUGGAGCAGGAAGUGAUCAAACCUGUGGAGAAUGACAUCACGCAGUGGAUAGGCUCCUCCCCCUCUCACUCCUCCUCCACCCGAGUGUCCCCCCGGGACCGCCAGCUGCUCGGCUUCUACUCGACCCAGUGCGAACAGCACUUCUCCACUCUGCUUAGCGCCGUGGACGCCUUCUUCGCCGGCGUCAGGGCCGGCCAACCUCCACGCAUCUUCGUCGCACACAGCAAGUUCGUCAUCCUCAGCGCGCACAAACUGGUCUUCAUCGGGGACACGCUGUCCAGGCAAGCUUCCGCCCCUGAGGUGGCCAACAGGGUGAUGAACUCCAGUAAUGUUCUGUGUGACCUGCUAAAGACGGUGGUGGCGGCCACCAAAACGGCCGCUCUGAACUACCCCAACACCGGCGCCAUCCAAGAGAUGGUGGACCGGGUCACAAAUCUGUCGCACCACGCGCAGCAGUUCAAAGAGCAGCUGCUGCAGAUGGCCACUCUGUGAUUUCUCUUCAACAUUUCUGCAUCAACCUGCAGGAUUUACAAAUCUAUAUAUUUGUGGUAUAUAUAUGUUGCUCCCCAUCAUGUUCUGUAAAUAGUCGGUUCUGUAAAUAUUUGCUAUUUUUUGUGUAGACAGUUUUAUAUUAUGGACUGAAUAUAACCGUAGAUGCACCUAUGGUGUCUCUGUAGGAUUUUGUGGACAUUUUUCAUAACAUUCCUGAUGCAUAUAAGGCACCUUAUGAGCUCAUUGUUUCCAUCUUCAUCUGGUUGUUCUGUUGCUGCGUUUCUUUGUAAAUCAUGUUUGUGGAGCUUGCCACGAAGUAAACAACUCUUCUUAACGAAA